GGCAGUGCUGUGUAACUUUACUCAUGCUGUCCAACCGUGCAAUAAAGAAGAAGAAAGCAUGCUCGAGAAAGUUGUAAGGACCAAAGAAUGUUACAAUCAUUGGAACUACGAUAAAUAUUGGCGAUUUUUGAUGGCUGGAGUCCUGACUGCAUCGAAAUGAAGCCUUCUGAGAAUUUUCUUGGAGUUUCGAGGGCCGAGUCGUCUAAGGAGAGUAUGGAAACUUUGGUGCUGAGCAAAAUAGAAGGAUCACCUGUGCUCUAUUGCCAACGGCUGAAAUAUACAGUGAGAAGUAUUCAGGUGCCCGACGGAAGUCCUUCAGAUACUGAAACAGAAGCUGAACCUGAACCAUCCGACUUCCUCCCCUCGAAUCGCAAAAAGACUUGUGGUAAUAAAUUCAGCUGUAAAUUGUGUGGCAUGGAGUAUCAGCGGAGCUUAAACCUGGUGCGUCACAUGCGAAUACACACGGGAGAAGCGCCGUACACCUGUGAACUCUGUGGGAAGGGUUUCCGUCGUUCAGACUGGCUUAAAUUACACCUCACCAUCCAUACGGGAAACAAACGUAAGCGCGUGAAGAGCUUCAGUUGCGAUCAGUGUGAGAAGAAGUUCACCUGCUCCACCGCACUCCAAAGUCAUUUAUACAAACACAGAGGCGAGAGGCCGUUCGCCUGCGCGCACUGCGACAAGACGUUCUUCAGUCAGACUGAUCUUAAUCGCCACCACAGCGAUUCUCAUUCUGGAAAACAGUUCUGUUGCCACUUGUGUGGAAGUGGAUUCUCACGCCGCUCGACGCUGCUGAAACACAUGCGGAUUCACACGGGAGAGAGGCCUUUCUCCUGUCCAGACUGUGGAAAGACUUUACGUUAUCAAUAUUCCUUGAAUAUGCAUCGUAAACUGCAUUCAGACAAAAGUUGAUGUGAUGCACAAUCAUGUAUAGGCUAUCACAUGAAUUUAUGAUAAUUAUGAUUUAAUUUAUGAUUUCCUGCACAAUGCCAAUAAAGAG